AUGGGCUUCGGGGUCAGAGAACCAAGAACGACCUCAGGCGAGCAUGUCCCGAGAACGGCUCUGAUAUACGGUGCUGAAUCCAGCGACGUUGAAAGUGUCCCCCGCACAAGUCUCAAACGAGGCACAGGGAAAAAUGCCGACAUCAUUCUCGUUCCCCAACCUUCUGAUUCUCCAAAUGAUCCUCUUAAUUGGCCCCAAUGGAAGAAAAAUAUGACAUUCCUCUCGAUCUGCCUAUCCGUGAGCAUGGGCUCUGCUCUCGGCCCCCUACUAUCUCCAGUCACUGGAGUCAUCGCCGAAGAGUUCAAAGUCUCGAUCUCGAAGGCCGCGCAGCCAGGUGGCUAUCCACUCAUGAGCUGCGCCCUGGGCGCUCUGAUACUUCAAGCCUGGGCUCCGAUCUUUGGAAAGAGGUCGGCGUUCCUCGUUUCAACCAUGAUCCUUUUCACUAGUACCAUCUGGAGCGCGAAAGUCAAAGCCCCAAAUUUCAAUGGCUUGAUCGCGGCCAGGACCUUCUAUGGUUUUGGUGUUGGGGCGUACGAAUCUCUCACAAUCCCAGCUACCGGAGACUAUUCUUUAGGAAAACGCAUCUUGUUCCUCAACAUGGUAGCUAUCGGUUCUCCCUAUCUUGAGCCACUCCUGGGAGGCUAUGUCGCGCAAAAAUAUGGCUGGGCAAUGGGCUUCAACAUCAUGAUCGCCUUCACAGGUGUUGCCCUCCUAGCCAUUGUUUUUGCUUGUCCAGAAACCUCAUACGUACGGCCUAGUAUCUACGACACAGACAUGCAGUCGAUGGAAGGCAUUCCACAAGAGAAGAAGACUGAAGUUACAACAGCCUCAGAAAUCGAGGGAUCUAUUGCCGAAUAUAGAAAUCCCCCUCUUGUACUAGACGCUGUUACCGAGAAGCCAAAGACAUACUGGGAAGAAUUAAAGCCCAUCAAUGGAUAUAUCACAAGGCAAAAUCCAUUGAAGCUUCUGGUUCGCCCUUUUGUAUGUUUCCUAUAUCCAGCUGUGUUCUGGGGCUUUUCCGUGGGCGGCCUUUGGUCGGCCUGGGUCGUAGGUCUUGCGAUUGUAACAGCACAGAUAUACGCUGGGCCGCCAAAUUUCUUCGACCCCACGCGUCUGGGAUUGUUGUCAUUAUUCCCACUCAUCUUUCUACUUGUCGGAUGCUGUCUAGGUAUCUUCGAGCCAGAAUUCCGCCUCAUUCUUCUUCUUCCUGUGCUCCUGGUCGGUAUCCCAGGUCUGUUUGGAUUCGGGCACUACGUCAGUCAUUCCGGAGAGAAAUGGGUCGCUGCUUCUGCCCUCCAAGGAUUGAUAGCAUUCGCAGCUGUAUUGGCUGCAUCUGUAUCUUUCGGAUAUGUGCUUGAUUGCCACCGUGAUCAUAGCAUUGAUGUCACUGUUUCCAUCAUCCUGCUUAGAAACAUGUUCUGGUUCGGAUCGUCGUACUUUCUUCCCGAUUGGCUGGUUGCAGCAAAGACCUGGAAAGUGUUCGAUGUCAUCGGUGGUAUUCAACUCGGUAUUACUCUUUGCUCGUUUGUGAUUUACGUGUUUGGAAAACAAAUUAGGGACUAUCUGCACAGGAACGACCCUUUGAAGAUACUCGGUCUCGUGUGA